UCUAUUUAAAUUAAGUCGAUAUUUAUCCCUCCAAUCCCUAUUCUCACUUCUCUCUCUGCAAACGACUAUAACCGCCGAUGUCACUUUCACUCUCUUCUCUUCGCAGUCAUUUCUUCAAACACUUUAAGUUCAACGGUCGAGCCUCCAAUUUCUCCUCCUUGCGCCGCCGCAUUCACCGGAAUCCUCCUCCCCUAAGCUUCUUUUCGCUCUUCCCCCCAAUCGGAGCACGACAGCUGCAGCAACAACGGUCUGCCGCUGCCAGUUAUUCCACACUUCCAUUCAACAAUGGCGAUAGCCACAAUUCAUUCACUUCGCCUUACCUUUCCGUUCACAUUUGCUGCCCAAAACACAUCUCUGACGCGCUGUCGGAGUCUCUCAUGUGUUUUGGAGCGAGUUCUACCACUAUUGACGAACAAAACGGCUCCGAUUCCGAUGAGAUAUGGAUCGGUUCUACGUUCGAUGUAGAACAGGAUGUUAACGAGUGCAUUGCACUAGCUGCGGACUCAGUUGGAUUGAAAGAUAUACCUAAAUACAAAGUUGAACAGCAAGAUCACAUGGAUUGGAUUAAACAAACUCAGGAAUCUUUUCAUCCCGUGGAAAUAACUGAGGGCCUGUGGAUUGUGCCUGAAUGGAGAAAACCCCCAGAUCCUCAAGCAACGAACAUAAUUUUGAAUCCCGGUUUGGCAUUUGGAACUGGGGAACAUCCUACGACAAAGCUGUGUCUACUGCUGCUGCGUCGGCUAAUAAAAGGAGGAGAGUGCUUUCUUGAUUAUGGUACAGGAUCUGGAGUUCUUGCAAUAGCGGCACUCAAGUUUGGAGCGCAUCUUUCAGUUGGAUUUGACAUAGAGGCACAGGCGAUCACAUCAGCAUGCUACAACGCCGCUUUGAACAAGAUAGGAUCGCAGGAGUUGAAGCUGAGUCUCGUUCCUAGCAAGGAUGGGGAUCAAUUUGAGAGCAACGACAUCGGUGUUGACGAGCCAUAUGACUCGAAGAUCAUUGCUGAGAAAGACAAGUAUGAUGUGGUUAUUGCUAACAUACUGCUGUAUCCACUGCUGGACUUGGCAGACCGGAUCGUCUCGUAUGCGAAGCCUGGUGCCACAGUCGCCAUCUCCGGGAUCAUAGCUGAGCAGGUCCCUGUGGUGAUGGAGCGUUAUUCUCAGUUGUUGGAAGACAUCAAUAUAUCAAUGAUGGAUGAUUGGGCAUGCAUUAGUGGCCUCAAGAAAGCAUAACCGAGUUGUGGUCUAGUCCUUUUAUUUCUAUCUCACUUCGUACACAUUUAAAUUCUUCAAAACUAACGACUAGUUUAACUUAUGGCUUUGGUUUAGUUCUUCAUUUUCA